AGGGGAACGAGGGAGGGCGGAUGUCCGAAUGAGAAACUGCUGCUGCUGCUGGAGCAGGAGGGGGGAGUCCGUGUCGUGUUGGUAGUUUAUCAACAAAUCACCGUUGUUUCUUCGAGGACUUCACCAUCUUUUUUUUUUUUUUACGACACUUUCCCGUCCUUCGCUCUUUAGACCUCUGCUGUUAAUCCGUUUAGUCGCUCUCUGCUGACAACUAGCGGAUCGCAAACAGCUUCGCGGUUUGUUUGUUUGUGUGUGUGAUUUAACGAGAGAUUAUUGUUUGUAGAGAAUCUCAAAUCCCUCGCUAAGUGUGUGUAAACACCUUAAACUUCCAUCCCGACGUCCUCUGCGCGAGUUCCUUUAAUUGCUAGACGCGCCGGAUCGCUUGAUGCUUGUCAGUGAACUUCUGCAGGCGGAGGAGGCUCUAACUUCUUCACCCCAUCUCGGCUUUGAUUUUAGUCGGAGAUCAGCUUCCGCCGUUCUGCAGCUUUUAUCUCCAUAACAUGGUGAUGUUUACAAAAAAAAAACAAGAGGACUGCUCGCCCACUGUGGCGGUGAGGCCAUGCUUGAUGCGUAAUUAAGUUAUGCAUAUUCCUAAAUUUCUUAAGCCGUUUUCAAAAUCUGAUGGAAGAAAAAGCAUUCCUUGGGCCUGCCAUGGUAUCCAGACUGCCAAAAUUCGGUGGACGCCCCUCAGCUUGUGGGAAUAGUCCUGGAUGCAAUGGUUCGACAGAGACGCCUACAUCUAUGCAGCAUGGCAAGACCAGUUCAUCCGGAACACGCCCGAAUGGUCUUAUUCGACCAUCUCCAUCAUGCAUUAAAUGGAAGAAAGAUGAUAGCAUGACCUCCUCUAGCCCUAGCAUACCUGCUAUUCCAGGGGAUGGAAAUGAAGAGAAGGCACAACACCAUGCGCCCUCAUUGCCAGAAGUAAAGAAUAGCUCUCUUUCAACACCUAAAAUGCGUAGGUCAGGUGUUUUGAUGGUGGCUGCCUCCAGCCCCAAAACUGUCCCCAAGCAACUGACUAAGAUAAGUCCCAAAACGGCGAAAGUUGGUCAAAACCAUCUCAAUGGACUUUCUAAAAUAGCCUAUAGCACUUCUGGUAUUCCUGGUCGAACAGGGUCCGAGUCGCGCCUUGUGCGACCAAUGUUAGGCAUCGCCUCUCCUAGAAGUAUUUCUCAGGAUAGCCUAUCACCAUCCAUUGAGCACCAGAAGAUCUUGACAUUGGACCACAUGGUGCGUUCAAACAGCUUCACUCACUUCAAACAGAUUCCCUCGCCCACCUGUGAGCCGAUGACUCGGUCUUUCUCCUUCAAUCGGGCUGUGGAGUUAGCCAAGCCUCUGGCCAACACUCAGCUUCGGCCCCCUCGCAGUAGUUUUCUCAAACCUCCAAGGGUCAGCAAUGGGAGAUUGUGUUUAGGGCUGAACGGCAAGCUUGGAGGUGCAGGUUCAGGUUUUCACUACAGCAAAAGCCUUCCGGCUGACUCCUCCCUGCCCAACCCAUCUUUCCCUGCAGUGGCCACCCCUCCCCGAGUCUUGAGGAAACCUCUGCUCUCCAGUUCUGGCCUGACAAAGCCAUUGGCUAACAGUGUGGGGUCUUUGGGUCACAGAUCGGCUCCAGCGGCACAGAAACAGCAGAAGUCUCCUUUAUCAGAUGGGCUCAAAGAGGGCAUUCGAUCCUCAGUCUCAUCUGAUUGUGAUGGACCUCUGAGGAUAUCUAAAGGUGCUGAGUCAGCUGGUGAGGGUGGAAAAGCAGACUCAUCCAGUGACAGUGGUGGAAGCUCUGGAACUGGAAAUGGACCAGAAAGAGACGUUCAUGACCAGAGCUCUGUCCAGAUGGCGACUGAGACGCCGGAGGAUAUGUCUUUAUCUUCUGUCUCUUCGUUGGAAAGAGGUGACAUCAGUGAAGAGUUUCUAGAUGAUUUUGACUACGCAGGAGAUGUUUUUAGUGAUGGAGACAUGCCCGGCAGCACUACUCAAACCCUUUUGCAGAGGUUUCCCAGUGAGAACACAGACUGGGAGCCUGCAGAACUGACAGGCAAUAAAGAAGAGACCCCUAUGCAGGAGAUGCAAGAAUCUACGCAGGAAUCGUUGGUGUUGUCUCCCGUGCAGAGUGAUGCUCCUCAGGGUUCCUCAGUUGAGCUAUCACCCUCCAAUAGCUCUGGUGGGACCUAUAUGUGGGAUGAAGAAGGUCUUGAGCCUCUAGGGGAGCCCAAGUCUCCGUUAGAAAGCUAUGAGGAUUCAGAAAUCAACAGCAUGGACAUCCUGAACAACCUCGGCCCUCUGGGAACUGGAGAUUUGGACGAUAAUGAUCUCAUGCUGGAUGUGGACCUCCCAGAGGAUGGCUUGCUCGACUUUGACAACAUGUCUCUCAUGGAGCGGCCAGACAGAGGUGGCCGGCAGGCUCAGCGACGCAAACAGCAUCGCUGGAGUGGUCCAGAUCACUUCUUCCAUGACAGCAGGCUUCAUUUCUUUAAUAAUUACGAUUGUCACAAGACGCCAAGGUUUCCAUCUCGGCCCGUCCAGUCUGAAGGCAAGCAGCCAGGCUUCAGACCAAUGCUGGAUGAGCUCACUCUCGAACACAUGACACAGGACUGCAGCGUGCUGAGGAAUCAGCUGCUGGGGCUCAAGACGCUACUGCAGCUUGAGGAAACAGGGUCUCCAGCAGAUGUUUGCGAGCAGACGGAAGACAAUGCCGCUGCGCCACAGAUUGAGGCCCUGGUUAAGGAAGUGCAGGUGCUCAGGGAGGAGCUGAGAAGUAGAGACAAGACCAUAGCUCUGCUCACUGUGCAGUGCCAACAGCUACAACGACAUCAUCAGCAGCGGGAACAAAUGCCCCAUGAGGGACGACAGGUUAGAUGUCAGUGCCGCCACCAGGAGGAUCCUUCUUCACUACAGCGGGAUGAAAAACGGACGGACAAACGGAUGCAGCACCAUGACAAGGCUACCCAGACAAACUGGAGAACACAGAGCCAUCCUCCUCGAAUGCUACAGCCUUUCAACCCCUAUCUCAACGAGCAGCCGCACCAGGAAAGACUAAUAAAAACUCCCCCCACCGAGGGCCACAGUGAGCUCACAUGGAGCAGAUCAGAGGAAGCGACUUGCAUAGAUAAUGACCGUCCUCUUGAAGCUGCCAAAGUAGAUGUGUCAGGGGCGGCUGGCUCUGACAAGCUGAGUCAUCUGCCCAGGACCAACCUGCGCAGCCUCCGCUCCCGUGCUCCACAGGGAAUAAGUGGCAGAGACGGUCGAGCAUCAGCACCUCAGUCCGCGUCGCAGUUUGGGAGGAGAGCUCCUGCUGUGACAGCGCAGAACUCUGAUGCUCCGAGAUUAGCUCGGUCAGCCCGCCCUCGCAUGCUGCAGUCUCCUCGCAUCCACAAGCUAAUGUCUCUGCCUGCAUCCGAUUCAGGGGGUGCUGGUGGCUUUGCCUCUCUAGAAUCAGGGCGCUUUUCAGGGCCUCCGGCUUCCCAGACAAAGCAGCUGCCUCCUCCGACGAGAGGCCUUCCCUGCUUUAACGCUGAACCCCAGGUGCAGGCUCCGAAACUGUGUCAGACCUCACUCCUUCGGCCUCUCAGAACUUCAGAGCCUCGCUGAGGUUCACAGCAAAAGUUGAAAAAGGUGUCGUUCAAAGUAUUUGGGUCAGCCAGGAUCCCUUUGAAUCCCGCAUGUCUCCCAAAGCCAAAGAUAUCCCAACGAACCCAAUGAUAUUGUCAUUGAAAGUCAUCCUUUUUUUUCCCAUGUCCAUUUUAGUUGUGGAUUUGUCUUUUACCUUUAACCUAUCUGGAUAACUUAAGGUUGACAGUAAUUUUUGUUUUGUGACUGAUUAUUGGUCUAAUUUUUAAGAUCGGCUGCCAAAACUGGUCCACGUGCAUUUUGUAAAUCAUCGAAAGGUAGCAUGUGUUAGAUUUAGACGGGAUUUCAGAUUACGAGUCAGUUUCAUUAGUUUUGCACAUGUUCAUGAGUACUGAAGGUAAAAAAAAAAAACACAAAACUUUCACACUUUGCACUGAAGGCCGCCUUUCUUCAAUUUGUUUUCUUUUGCAACAGGCCUCAGGCUAAAGUCCCCUUUUAAAUUCGAGGACUGGUUGUCCUCAGACAGCUCUGCCCUUUGACACACAGGUGCGUUUGCUUUUUAAACACAGAGGUGAUGUGAUUGUGACCUCUGUUGCACUUUAGAGGGCCCAGGGGAAAAUGGGAGCGAAAAAACAAACAGUGGGACUGUAUAUAUAUAUAUACACACACAUACAUACACACAUAUUAAAAAAGGAGGGUGGAAGGAAAAGUGAAAAGCACGGCAGCAGACUGAGAAGCUAAUUUGUCAAAGCGCUCUAAAGCUUGUCACUUCCACACAGAAAGUAUGUGCAUGUGUAUACAUGAGUGAGUAAUAGUGUGUUAAUGUGUUUUGUGAAGAGGGCUUUGAGGAACAGAGGAAAACGGUUCCCAUGCUGUAGCUGCGUGCAAGGUUUUAGCUCAUUUCAGUAUAAUGCACUUGUACUUUUGGUAAACAUCGCAAACUUUACAGAUAUUACCAAAAGAGUAAUCAACCCUGUGUUGAAAAGCUCUGUGAUGGAAAUUUAGGAACAGAGAAAACGAAACUCUGGUAAUGAAGCUAUAGCAAAAAUAAUGUGCAAGGGAGAAUUUCAGAACAGAGCACUAUAAUUAGGCUUUCAGGCAUGCAAGUGUGCAUAAGUACACUACGAAAAUCCAGCGUCGACUAGUUUUGGUACUUUGUGCAUAUUUUUAGAGGAAACGUAGUGAAGAGUAAGUUUGAUAGGAAUGGAGUCGAUGUAUGAGAAAGUAUUUUUCACAUCUAAGCUAUGAAAUCUGGUCUACAAGGCAAAAACAAAAUCUGUUGAUAUUGCAAAUUAAUUUAAAAUUGAUAUAUUAAAUAAAAUUCAUAACUGCUUGUCCCAGUGUCCCAAGUAACCCCCUCAAAAUAUUUGAGAUUGUAAACUUUUUAUUCCUAUUAUUCAAAGAUUCAAUCACAUUCAGUUCAGUUUAAUAUCCUAGCGAAAGAAUAAAAACAAAUAUAGUCUCAAGGGACUUCGAAAAACACCAGACCCAGCUUCUAUUCAUAAAUAUCAAAGUCAUAAAGGGUGUCUUUAAGAUUAUUUCCUUUAACAGCUUAUGCUGCAUGUCAAGACGACACUUUGUGCUUUUACAUUUGUGGUUGUUCGAUCAUCAACUGUGACAACUGAUGAUUUCAAGUAGUUUUCUAUAUUCUACUCAUAGUCUUCUAUAGGGUUAUUCAACUAAUUUCUUCCAACGAGGUCACUUUGAGAAAUAUUUCUUUAAUCGGGGGUUAUGAUCAGACAUUUCAUUGGAGUUAACUGACCUUAAACUGGGAUUUAACUCAAGUGAGGAAUAGACUACAAGUAAGAUUUUUGAUUUUAUGACAAUUUCUCAUCAUAAUUGCCUAAAAUCUUUACUAAAAUGAAAAAUAAUCUCAUAUGACAGGGUUUAAAUGCAUCGGUACGAAAUGUAAGUAGAAAAGGACAAAACUGACUUGGAGCCAAAAACUUAAACUUAACCUUUGUUUUUUCACUCCUUCCUCCAGAUUUCCAUUAGCAAAAGGCUGCAUCACACAACUCAUUUAUCUGGUAUGCCGUUAACACCUCUUUAGCUUUAAUUACCUUGUAAAGUGACAACUUGCAUAAUAGCAACUGUUGAUAGAGAAAAAACACAAACAAAACGUGCCAUGUGUUGUUUAUCAAACAAAAAAAAGGCAUACUUCUUAACUUAAACUGCCUACUUCUAAAGGUACACUAAAUGCAGAUUGUUCUGUUAUCAUGUUUGUUUGUUUCUAAGCUGCUGUUCUUCUGUUGGCGGCUCCUUGCCAUCAUUUUUUAAAUCCUGGGGGAACACGAAAUCCUCAUGAAAUGAUAUUGGACAUAAUUUAUUUGAUUUUCAUUUUUGAUUAUUUUUUAUUGUCAUGUUAUGUGUCAUUUUCUUCCUCUAUACAGUAUGUUAAAAAAAAAAAACAGUUGUAUUUAUUUCUACAACCAGACCAAGCUGUCCUGUUUUUGUUAAAGCUGCAAACCAUGUUAAAUUAAAAUCAUCUGUGCUGUAUUAUGCGCACAGUUGCAAUGGCAAAAGGCUGCUUGGAUGCAAUACUUUGCUGGGUAAUUAAUAUAUCGAUGUCCGCAGCUGACUUUGACCUUAAUGACUAAUAUGCUAAAACGCACAGAUGGUGGUUGGAUGGGGGACGUUAUCAUGAAAGAGAAGAAUAAAGAAACUGCAACUACAAUUUAUCCUACAACAUUCCCCAACGAAACUGCAUUUGCAUGUGUUUCCUAAUAUCUUGCCUUCCUAGUUUAUCCAUAAUACAGUUCUGCUUUUUCCUAAGAAAACUAUUUUCAAAUUUUAUGGACAACCUCUUACUGAACAUUUCUAAUACUACCAAUUUGUUCCAGCUAAUGGUGGGCAGUAGCUGAAGAUGCACCAGUCACUGCAGAUCUUUCAGGAUGUGUUUAAGCUAACUGCACACUGAAAACUAUUUUAUGGGAAUUCUAACAUUUCAGAUGCGGAAACAGGGUCUCUCAAGGUAUUGCAAAAAAACAAAAAAACAACCCAUUGCCUCAAACAAGACAGUUGCAGUGGAAAGACAAUGAUAAGGAGGUAAACUCUGGUAUAAAUGCAGAACUUAGUAACAUAACAAAAGUUGAAAGCAGUUAAAUAUUAAAAUGUCUUCCCCCUAAGCCUAAUGAUCGUCCACUCAUAAUUGCAGUUUAGCAGGGAUUGUUUGAAAACGUGAAGCUGGUGUCUUAGUAUAUCUGUGCAUAGAGCAUCCAAGCAGUUUUUUCCCUCUUUGCACAUCUCUUUGGAUAGAUCAAAGGUAUUAGCAGUGUGUUUUCAGGUAGCGAGCCUUUGGGGCUUCAGUGGUCUCUCUGCAGGUGUUUCCAGAGAACUGUGUUUAUCAUCCCUUCGCAGAGUCCUUUCGCAGUCAAGCGCUCCUGAAAUGUCCCCGAAUGGAGAGCAGCAGUGUGUUAAAAAGGCCUUCUGACAGCGACUGUGCUCUCUUCUCUGUCACGCCGCGUGACCGCUCAGUGUAUGCCUCUGGCGGUGUCCGGUCUACUGCGUCCAAUAAUGCACCCCGCGCAGACAAAGUGAGACAGAUCCACACGCACACACGGAUCCAGCAAAGGGUGUGCGCUGUUAGCAAGAUGCAGAGAGCCACGUGUACAGGAAGUCUUGCUAAACUGAAGGAGAGUUGAAAGUCAGAGCAAACGCACGCAUCGUCUCACACAGCUUUCACAAAGGGCAUCACGAAAGUAUCCGCACCCCCCUAGAACCUUUUCACAUUUUGUUGCAUUUCAGCCUCCAAGCUGAAUGGACUUUAGUGUGAGUUUAAUAGAACAGUGUUUCUGAACAGUGUUGCAGGUGUUUGUAUUCAGCCCCCCCCCCCCGACAUUUUUAGAACAAUAGCUGUAUUUACAGAUUCAAGUCUUUGUGAGACAUCUCACUAAAAGCAGUGUCCUAGAGAUUAGAAAUGUUUUAUAUCUUUCCUUGUAGCUCAACUUUAGUCAGAUUGGAUGGAGAACAUCAGUUUUUAAGUUUUGCCCCAUGUUCUCGUUAUGAUUUAGGUCUAGACUUGACUUGAACCAUUCUAAAACAUGAAGACAGUGCAACUUAAACUAUCCAAUUGAAGCUUGAGCUGGGUGUCAGAGGUGGAGGUUGCAAAGGUCUCAAUUCUUUUACAACCUUCAGCGGGUUUUCUUCCAGCGCUACCCUACGGUUAUUGCAACCAUCUUCACACCAGCUCUAAUCAGCUUUUUUGUCCUGCUGGUAAAUGUUUCCCCACAACGUGAUGCUGCCAUCACCAUGUUUCAGAGUGGGGCUGGUGUGUUCAGGGGGUUUCUCCCACACAUAGUUUGUUGCAUGUAGUGAAAGCCAAAAAGUUAGAUUUUUAUCUUGUCUGACUAGAGAACUGUCUUCCAUGUGUGGAGUCCGUAUGGCUUUCUUUCGUCUAUAGAUUUUAUUUAUGCUUCUCUUCAAUAAAGUCCAGAUGUACGGAGGGCAAAAUUAAUACGGCUCGUGAUAACAGAUCUUACCACCUGAGCUGUGGAUCUCUCCCAACUACUGAUGAGUAACGGUGGACUUUUUAGGUAAAACGUUUGUUGAAAAGCCAAAGGAAAGUCUGGUUUACUCCAAUUUAAGCCUGCUUGCUGUUGCCAUGACCAGGAUAACUGAGAACUUGCACAGGCAAUGCUCAACCUGUCAGUUUAGACGGACAUAAUUGUUUGUGGUUGUGAUGUGACAAAAUUUAAAAAAAAAAGGUUCAAUGGCUGUGAAUAGCUUUUGGCAGACAAUGUACAAAUACAAAAUCAAUUUGUCUUAGAACAAACGGAUCUUGCUCCAGAUGAAAAAGAGUAUUUUUCUAGAAUGCCCCGGAAAUGGGUAGAGACGUGUUUGCGAGAAUAGGAGUGAGAGUUUAGACGGCAGACAGAGCAUCUUUGUCGGAGGGAAGACUCGACAUUGUGCCAAACCAGCCAAGCACUCAACAGUGCUCUGUGAAGCCAAGAAAAACAUUUUUUUUUUCCUAAUGAACUCGGAAACAGAGAUUGAAAGAUGCACACGGAGCACAGAAAAAGAAAAGAAAAUGCACAGCGUGAGACCCAAAAGUGGAGCACGAGGAAAGAGCAGAAGUGAUGAAAUGCUGAAAGGGAAAAUGAUCACGAUAGGCUAAAUGUUGUGCGCAGGUAAACAAAAUGCUCAAAAUAUUACCCGUGUUGUGGUCUAGCGAGUAGCCUGAUCCCCCUCAGCUGGGUCGCUCAGCAAUGCCAAAUAGGAGAUCAGUGUGGCUUAUGUUUGCUCAAGUGUGUAUAUAUGCAUCUCCAGACACCUCUGGCUGCCAAUAUUUGCAUGUGUCCGUAAGAGAGAGAGAGAGAGAGAGAGAGAGAGAGAGAAAGAGAGAGAGAGAGAAGGAUGUGUUUCUCAAGGCUUACCCAUGCCAAGUAAAAUGGAGUUGUGCUGCUUUGUUUUGCCAAUCUCCAAAUCAAUGACUCUGCAAAUUCAACAAUCAGGCCAAUCAGUCUCGCUAGCAAUGCUGUAACAAAACCACAAGCUGCUGCACCAAAUUUGAUUGAUUAGAAUAUGGGAUGUUGUCUUAAGGCCAACAAAUUACUAAGCUGCUGAGCAAAAAAAAAAAAAAAACUUCAGCAGUAUUGCACCUAAUGACACAAGAGUGCAUCAUUUUUUCUUCUAUUGUGGACCUCAGUCUCUAAGGAUGCUUUCUUGCCAUGCAAUAAUAAACUAAGUAACUGAGGAACGUCUAUGAAGUUGUAAACCGCAAAUCUGUGGCUAUUUUGAGUUUAAAGAACAUAAAGCAGUGGCAUAUGUUCACUUUUCAAGUUUUAGUGUCUUUACUGUGUGUCAAAGACGGAUCAAUAGACUGGGCACAUAAAAGAGGGCACUUACAUUUGCUGCACAUCAUUUACUUCAGCUUUACGAUCCACUGUAAUAGUUUAAUAUCUUUGAGCUUUUUGCUUUGCUUGAACAGCUAGUCAUACAACUUAAAUCAACAGUCAAAAUCAGCCCAACAUGCUAUCCAAAUGAAACUGUUUAAUUUUUGGUAAGCGUCUGGAAAAUAAAGAGAUUAUUUUGAAUGUUUGGUUUGAAGGUUGCUAUGAAACUGUUUUCCGCUCUUGUUUGCAGCCACCCCCCCCCCCACCAACUUGGCCAAGAGGGGGGGAAAAAAUAGUUAAGUGAUUAAAUGGCUCUUACAAUUUAAGAGGCUGUUAUUUCAUAGCCACCUCAACACCAUUUAAUCAUUAAUUUAAAGUUACUAUCCAGUGAUGUAUUUUUAUUUAUUUUUACUACUAACCAGUGUGUAAUUACAAUUAAAAGCACAGCUGGAUUAUGAUGUAUGGGUUGUCAUGGCAGUAUGUCACAAAAUACAAUAUAAAAAAAAGUAUGAGGAAGAAAAAAAAAAGCUAAUUCUGCUUUGAGUUUAUUGAUGUCAAUGACAUCACAAAAGAAUCAAGCUAAUCAGAUGGCAUUAGUUAACAUUGUGGCAGACCGGUGACUUUUGACUAACUUAAUCUGGGAUUUGAAGCAUUAAACUGUGGUGUGAGUUGCUAAUGGUGCAACAUUACACGUUUGAGCCGGGGGCCUGACACUUAAACCAUGAUAGAUACUCAUGUGCGUCGUCAAAGCCAAUGUGACGACGGCAAUGGAUCUCAAAUCGGUUUAUAUGCCUGUUUCAGUUUCGCGGACGGGUUUUAAAAUCUUCGAAAAUCAAAUCUAGCAAGUCCAGUCUGCUCUGCUCCUCUUCACAAAAUGAUUCCAUGUGUUUUAUUGUUGCCAAAUUUAUCCUUUUUCAAACAAAUAGUGUUCUGAAAUAUUUUCCUACAGCCGUACAUCACGCACGUAUUUGAAGGCUGGUCUUUGCUUUAAAGGAGCAAGCAAAGAGGGAGAAAACUGAGAACUGCAUUAUGAUCUGUCGCUUUAUCUCGUGUGUGAUUUCGUCAGUGGCAUGUACAGGGAGGCUUGGUUUCGAGGGGUUAUAUAUUUUCUUGAGGAAAUAAUGAUUUAGAAAAGGUGGUAAAACAAGUAGAAAAACCGGACCAUGAAAUACGGAUCUUUAGGUGACAAGCUAUAGCGGAGGUGUGAGUUAUUCAUUUCACAGAAAAUACUGGCUAGCAGCUUUGAGAAAAACUCAGAUCUGGACAAUGAAAACAUGCCUUUGCUCAAAUUCUGGCUGCGUGCGCUCGCAACACUAGAUUUUACAUAAUCUGCUAUUACUUGUACAUCAUGAAAUUCAUUACUCAAAGGAUUGUCUUGUCAUGUUCCAGGGAGCCGAAUUGCCAACAAGUAGUGUUGCUGUGUUCUCAGAUAAUGCUCCACAGUGAAGCUGUUCCUAUAUCCUCCCAUAUUAUGCAAGGUUGCUGUAUGUUACAUCUAGUAUAUCCGCUGCUCUCAGCUAUUAUAAGGACUCUCUCCGAUGUAGAGUGCAAUGCUGUGUAAGGAAAAAAAAGUGAGCAUAUUAAACUAGAUUUUUAGCACCAGUUUUAUGCAAAUGGGAAGAAAGCAUCUUUUAUCUUUUUUUAAAAGAUAUAUACCUGAAGCACUUUGAAUUGCACUCUUUGCACAAAGCAAAUAAACAAACAUCUUUGCUUUCCAGUACCUUUUUUUUUAUCCUUGUGGAGCUUUUUCAGUUUGCAAAAUCCGAUUUUGUGUGAGACAAAAGCAAAAACCUAACCUUAUAAAGAGACACACAAAAAGAAACUUUUUCAUUUCCAAUUGUAGCCGUUUCACCUUCUGUUUCUUUAAAAUGCAAUUUUAACUUAAACAGCUUAUGUUUUACAGAUAAAAAGGUGUGCUGUUGUUUUCACCAUAAAGUGUGAGUAAAAAAUAAAUAUGACGCUGCGGGAUCAGCAAGACGCCACAGGUGAACGCACACAAGCCAUUAAACUCAAAAGAAAAUAAAGAUGCUGAUCUCAAGAAGUCUCUUUUUACUGUCUGUUGCUGGUAUAUCUGUAAAAAUAAAUUUUGAUUCUGAAAGA